CUGUGUCUAAAAUAAUAAGUAACAAGUGUAACACAAUUUCCAAUGGAUACGACCAAACAAAAUCACUCGUAUCAUUAAAUAAAUAACUUUGCGGAGAUAUGCCACGACAUUGGAUGCUUAUUUGUGCUCAACUUGCCGUAAUCACUUCAGCUCUUGUUGACUACGUCUGUGACGCCGAGAACAAGUAUGGAACUAUAUCAGUGGUAGGACCCGCCUUUGUGAACAGGGAGGUAACACUGAAAGCGACACCGUUCUACCCUUGGGGAUGUAAGGUAGAAUGGAGAUACAUAAUGGAAGGUGGUACACAAUUACAAACAAUGCAAAGGACUAAUGUUACAACAUAUUCGGAGGAUGGGUCAUUCUUUUUAAAAUGGUGGCCUUCAAUUGAGUACAACAAAUCUGAAUUCUACGCCGGAUGUUCAACAAACGAAACGAUAAGAACAAGCAUGGUACAUAUACAUAUGAAAGAAGAAGGUAACCUGCCCGAGCUAAUAGUUCCUAAAUUCCUUGAUGGAGAAGGUUCAACAACAAUAUGUGAAGUGCGUAAUGCUUUUCCCGCUCCGGAAAUAGAAAUACACGUUGACAAUGUAUUACUAGCUGACGCUCAACAAACCGAUUCAUUUAACCGAUCAUCUCAUACGAUUACAAGUUUAGCAAAGGUGACAAAGGCUAACAAAACGUGGAAUGGAAAACAAAUGUGCUGCACCAACAAAAUCAAAUAUGAUAUUGGUUUAAACGAUAAGACCGUCUGCAAACACAUUAAUAUGAAAUAUCCGCCGUCGGACCUUUCGAUGUCCAUAGACAAAAUACAUGAAUAUACCAACAGUGUUCAUGUCUAUUUAUUUAACAUGUCUUGUGAAACGAAUGAAUCAAAUCCACCUUGCACAAUUGAAUGGGCAAGUGUGACCGAUAACUUGCAGUACGUUCGACGAAACAACUGGACAAAUGGUGACAGUGGGAGGUACCGUUCUGUUUCCAAUGUGCUUUUAAGUGUUUCUAAAGACAUGCCUGGAAAUAUUACAUGUGCAACAAGAUGCGAUCAUUUCAAAUCUCAUUUGAAUACAACUUAUACAGUAUCUUUUCAAGGUGACCCGACUUUGAAUUUGAACACGACAUCACCUGUUCAUUUAUAUCCGACUCUUACAGUGACCGUCAGAUGUCUUGUGGAUGAUAACGAUGAUAAAGGACAAUGGACGCUUUGGUGGGAAGAUGAAAAUAGCACUGUAAUGAAGACCUGUAACAAAACAGACGAAUGCCUGUUAACACUUCAUUAUGCGAGAGAUGGCGAAAAUAUAUACACUUGCAACGCUUGGAAAUCAAAUGAGCUUCUGAAAUAUUCCUUGACCGUGAUAAGAACAACAGCAGAUGGUCGUCAAUCCCACGAAACUGACAUUCAUACAUUCCGAUUUCCUGUCAUCAAUGUACUUAUCGGAGCAGGUGUUAUAGGUGGACUCUGCAUCCUGUUUGUUAUUGGAGGAUGUAUGCUUCUUAAACGGCAAAAGAUCGACGUAAUUAACACAGUAGAAAUUGUUGAAAACCACAGCGACACCUCGUCGGACAAUGGAGUGCUACACAUAUCAACGGAAGGAGUCCAGUACGCAGUCGUGCAGAGGCAGGCGGCCACACAGAGGAUUGAAACGCAGAACCCACAGGAUGAUGAAUGCCUCAAAUACGCCGAAUUGGACAUCAAAUUCCUACAGGCAGCCAACGCCCGAGUCCCGUCAAGGAAAAAGAAUACGCCGACGGAGUAUGCUGACAUUGAGUUCUUUUCGACACAGGGACCUGUUGUUGAACAUCCUGGGUACCAUUAUGCAUCAGUGUAGAUGUAGAUCAAAAGAUCAAAGCAUAUAACCCGAACAUACCACCUUAUUGUCAUGUUUCUAUAUUGUAUUUCAUAUGUAUGAUUUUUAUAUAAUCAAUUGUACCAAUAGUGUUAAGUCUAGUUUUACUGUUAUUAUUAUUCAUUGAAGUAUGUAUUUCCUCAGUCAUACAAAUGUUCGAUAUAGUUUACACCUUAGUCAUGCCACUCCUUAUCAUAAAAAUGUUUGCAAUUUGGUAGUUUUAUUUUGCUGUUGUUCCAUAUGAUCUUUUGAUUUUAUAUAUGGUAAUGCCCAAGAUUAUGUUUUAAGAAAAGGCAUUUUAUCGGAUUAACUCUCACUCACUCACUCGCUCACUC